UCAUAUACAAAUGAGUUUAGCAACAGCAACCGCAACUGGCAUGGCUUCAACAAAAAGGAUUGCAGUUGUUACAGGGGGAAACAAAGGGAUUGGAUUUGAGAUAUGCAGACAAUUAGCUUCCAAUGGGAUUAGUGUUGUAUUAACUGCAAGGGAUGUGAAGAGGGGCAUUGAGGCCGUUGAGAAGCUCAACUCUUCUGGGCUUGUUGAUGUGGCUUUUCAUCAAUUAGAUGUGGCAGAUGCCGCCAGUAGUGCUUCUCUGGCAUCUUUCAUUAAAACCAACUAUGGAAAACUUGAUAUACUGGUCAACAAUGCAGGAGUUGUUGGAGCUGAAUACAACAUACAAGAACCUGGUACUACUAUAGAUCUUGAUAUGGAUGAAAGUGAAAUUGCUAGUUCACCAAUCUUGAAAGAAAUUGUAAAACAAACGUAUGAAUCAGCAGAGAAUUGCCUGAGAACAAACUAUUAUGGAAGCAAGCAAGUGACAAAAACUCUUAUUCCACUUCUUCAACAAUCCAAUUCAGCGAGGAUUGUGAAUGUUUCCUCUUCUUUAGGUCAGCUAAAGAUUCUUCAGAAUGAAGGAGCAAAGAGGGUUCUGGGGGAUAUUGACAAUCUCACUGAAGAAAAAAUAGACAAGGUAGUGGAGGAGUUUCUAGGAGAUGUCAAAGAGAAUUUAGUGGAAAGAAAAGACUGGCCUACUAAUUAUUCAGCUUAUAUUGUGUCCAAGGCAGCUCUCAAUGCUUUUGCAAGGAUUUUAGCAAGACAAUACCCCAGAAUUCUCAUGAACUCAGUUCAUCCUGGCUAUGUUAGCACUGAUGCCAACUACAAUACCGGUCCCUUGACUGUUGAAGAAGGUUCUAAAGGUGCUGUAAUGCUGGCGUUGAUGCACGAUGGUGGGCCUUCUGGUCUUUUCUUUUAUGAGAUGGAAGUCUCAUCCUUUUAAUACAAAAACAUGAAACACAACUGAAUAAUUUGUGACAACUCAUUCUGAAAUUUUCAUCGUUGUAUAAACUUUUUCAUUUUUAUGAUAAUUGAGGA